AGUAGAUGUGAAAUGAGCACGCAACCGCAAGCCAAAGUUGUGACCCUUGAGAAACUUACUGAGUUGCAAAGAAAUCCGUCUUGCAUCAGAAACUGCUGCAUUUUGGCUCAUGUUGACCAUGGGAAAACAACCUUGGCUGACUCGUUGAUUGCCUCCAACGGCAUCAUUUCAAAACGACUAGCUGGUACGCUUCGCUACAUGGAUAGCAGAGAAGAUGAGCAGCAGCGAGGAAUUACAAUGAAAGCAAGCUCUAUUACCCUGAAGUAUUCGAAUGCAACGAGAGAACAUCUGAUCAACUUAAUCGAUUCACCUGGUCACGUAGACUUCUCCUCAGAAGUAUCCACCGCAGUUAGACUUUGCGAUGGAGCUGUAGUAAUUGUGGACGUAGUAGAGGGAGUAUGUCCACAAACGCAUGCUGUCUUGAGACAGAUAUGGCAGGGGAAAAUCACCCCUCUUCUUGUUAUUAACAAAAUGGAUCGCCUCAUAACUGAGCUGAAUCUAACGCCACAAGAUGCGUACUACAGACUUAGUAAACUUCUAGAAGAGGUCAACUGCAUCACAGCUGGCAUGAACCAAUCAGAUGUUUUGACUGCCAUGGAACAGGAAGAAGAACACAAAACUAAUUAUGAACUCGAGGAUCAGGAUGAAAACGAGGAUAUUGUAUAUGAUACAACAGCAAUUGACGACGAUGAUGAAAGCGAAAAGGCAAAAAUUUAUUUUGCACCCGAAAACAACAAUGUUAUUUUUGCCAGUGCAAUUGAUGGCUGGGCCUUCACAAUCGAGACAUUCGCUAAAUUCUUCGCUUCAAAACUGGGUUUUAAAGUAGAAUCACUUAAGAAAACAUUGUGGGGAAACUAUUACGUCAAUUACAAACAGCGAAAAAUCUUCAAUAACGCCUGGAAGAAAGGCAAAAAGCCUCUUUUUGUGCAACUGAUCCUUGAAAAUAUUUGGUCUGUGUACGAAUCUGCGAGCAGCAAAAACAAAGAGCAGAUGACCAAAAUAUGCAACUCGUUGGGUGUGAAAUUAUCAUUGAGAGAUACACAGUAUAAAGACCCACGACCUGCAUUGGUAAGUGUUAUGAGUCAGUGGUUGCCGAUAAGUGAUACUGUUUUAUCAGCAGUUUGUCAAAUCGUACCUCCCCCUAACAGUUUGUCAGACGACCGUGUUUUGUCUCUGUUUACGACAGAUAAUAAAACGUAUGAAAAUUGGCCAGAAGCAACCAAACGUUUAAAAGAGUCUUUCACAAAAUGUAGCGCCUCUAGCAAUGAACCGGUGAUUGUGUACGUUUCCAAGAUGGUUCCCUAUGAUAGAAAAGAACUGCCUGAAAACAGAAAAAUUCAAAUGAGUAGCGAUGAAAUGGCAAUUAAGCGGGAAGAGGUGAUAAGAAAAAUGAACGAAGUCAACUUGGAAAACGAACAUGUUGCUGACUGCGCAGAAACACUGAACUCAAAAACAGAAUCUACUCCGGAACCCUCCGUGCAGUUCGAAGACAACUGUGGUUCUACUGAGUUUGUAGCCUUCGCCCGAAUUUUCAGCGGCACUCUGAGAAAAGGUCAAGAAAUAUUCGUCCUCGGUCCCAAGCAUGAUCCAAGUUCGGCCUCUCAAGCUGAGCUGGAAAACUAUGUCAGAGAUUCUCAGAAUGAAGGAGGAAUCGAAACUACGGGACUUGGAGUUCACGCACUGAGAGUCACAAUCGACAAUGUAUACGUUCUGAUGGGACGCGAGCUAGAACUGGUUGACGCAGUUCCCGCCGGCAAUAUUUUGGGUAUUUCGGGCCUCUCUAAGUGCAUAGUUAAAAGUGCAACAGUUUCGUCGACUCUACUGUGUCCAGCAUUCACCGCUCUAAAUGAGAGCUCGCUGGGAAUCAUCAGAGUCGCAGUCAACACUCCCAAGUCAUCUGAUUUGGGCAGUCUUAUCAAGGCACUCAAGCUACUGAAUCAAGCUGACACGAACGUACAAGUUUUGCUGCAAGAAACUGGAGAGCAUGUUUUACUCACAGCUGGUGAAUUGCAUCUUGAAAGGUGUCUGAAAGACCUCGAAGAAUUCGCCCAAGUACCAAUAAUUGCAUCGGAUCCGAUAGUUCCAUACAGAGAGACUAUAAUUCUGCCACCGAAAUUGGACAGAGCAAACGAGCGGAUUGUCAACUCGAAGAAAGCAGAUAUUUACGCACAAGUGUCAGAACCACUUUUUUCUCUCAAAUUUUCUGCUAAACCGUUACCUGUAAGCAUCGUGCAAUUGUUGCUUGAAAACUCAGUUGCACUGAAAAACCUUGAUCGUCUGUUGAGACAAGAAUUGGAGCUAGGCGAUCUGAUACCAGAAGCUAAAUCUGAGCUAGAAUUGUUUAUUGAUAAGUUUAAAACCACCCUAGAAGAGGAGGGAUCGUUUUGGGGAAAGUUCAAAGAUAAAAUUUGGAGUCUGGGACCGAACCGCGUGGGCGCUAAUGUUUUGAUCAAUCUAUGUAAUAAUUAUGAUCGACCAUCAAUUUUUGACCUGGCGCAAGGAAAUGCAUCGUUCGAUUGGCUAAGAGAGUGUGACAGUAGUAUAUCUCACGGGUUCCAGCUGGCAACUGCCUCCGGUCCUCUGGCCGAGGAGCCACUCAUAGGAGUCGCAGUGUUUGUUCACGAGUGGAAUGUGCAUUCGAGCGAACAGCAUUUGCAAGCGAAUAAAGAAGUACACGAUGCAGAUAGUGUCAAUCACGAGAGUAAUAGUGGAGCGGGGUCUUCGGUUUCUUGUUUCACAGCCAUGUCUGGAAAGUUGAUUUCGAGUAGCAGAGAAACUAUCAGAAAAGCUAUACAGUGUCAGCCGUGCAGACUAAUGGAAGCGAUGUAUAAAUGCGACAUCACCGUCUCAAGUGAAAAACUUGGAGCAGUGUACGCUGUUUUGAAUAGACGACGUGGUCUCAUAAUACAGGAAGAUAUGACUGACGAUCUAACUGCAUACCACAUUGAGGCAUCACUACCAGUUGAGGAGAGUUUUGGAUUCGUCAGUGAAAUGAGGCUGAAAACAUCCGGCAGGGCAUACCCACAGUUAAUUUUCAGUCAUUGGGCUGUUAUUCAGGAGGAUCCAUCCUGGGUUCCAACAACAGAGGAGGAAAAGACACUUUAUGGAGACGUCGCCGACACCGAGAACUUUGCCCUGAAGUCAGUGACUAAAAUAAGGAAAAGGAAAGGGCUUUCGACGCAUUUCAAAGUAGUAGAGUCAGCCGAAAAGCAACGUACUCUCAGCAAGAAGAAAUGAUUUACAAUUUAUGAUAAUAAUUAUUAACUUUUUCGCUUUUAGUGUAGCUCGAAUUAUUA